AUGGACGAAGCAGCAGCGAGCCAACACGAGGGUAACAUGCAAGAGUUGUUGGCGAACCUGGAGGCUCGGUUCAAGGGGAGACGCUGUUACCUCGGGCAAUAUGUAUCCCCGAAACCCUUUCCAUCCGCGCCCGAGUCUGGCGGGAACGGCAACGCCAGCGAUAGUGGCAGCAGCGGCAGCAGCCCCGUCGUCGGCAGCGUGGCUGCUACGCUAGAGCCUCCCAACAGGCUCGUGCUCGGAGCUUUCCUCGACCGUGGGCUUGGUCAGGCAUGGGAGUAUUGGGAAGGAGAGUUUGGGCCUUCGGAGCUGGCAUCACACCGAGACAGCUUGGGGUGGGAUGGCCACAGCCUCGAGGCCCUCGCGGACUGCUUCGCCUGCGCCGUCGAAGCGACGAAACUGCCUCCGCCAGAAGAAAAUCGACCUUGCUCUGAGGGCGCGCUCGCCGCCGCGGACGAACACCAGCAACGGCCUCCCGAGUUUUCCAGCACCGCCGGCGUGGUUGAGACUGAUCGCAAAGGCGAGGAGGAACCAGAAUCUGGUGGUGUUGGUGGUGUUGGUUGUGGUGAUGAUGAUGGUGAUGGUGGAAGCGCUACCGGUACCCUGGACCUCCACUACGCACGUGCUGGCAUCGUCGGGUCUUGGGAGGUUUCGCGGGUGCAGACCGGCGUUUCCGCGGCUCUGAUGCACAGCAUGCACAGGAGCAUUCGUUCCGCAUGCGGGCGACAACUUGCGGACACCGCCGAAGCUCCCGCGUCUUCCUCGGGCAGUGCCGAUGCGGGGUUGUCGCGAGCGAAAGCAUCAGGAGCCCCCAAGUUCAAGAGGAAAAGGGUUGCCGCGACAGGCGCCAAGUUGGCGGGUGUUGGCCCCUCGGCCGAGGCGUGAACGGCGAUGGGCCGAGAAAAGGUCCUCCAAGGCGCUCGUUGUGACGGUUCGGAGCAAGUUCGACCGCCUCCUGUCCCCUCGCGAAAUUUCGGGAGCCAAAGGUUAAUUCUGCCGGGAAUCAAGAAAUGGUGACGAAAGGAAAGCCUCCUGGACGGUUUCCCGAAACGAGCACUCCUGUGUUGACUUCGGCACGGCACCCGCCGGCUCUACUUUCAUCGAGAUUAUGGACUCUGGACACAGGAUUCGGGUUAAAUAUUAUCCCGAUUGUGCAAAACAAGAAUGAGUCUACGGUAGCGAUCUCGGGGGCGAGCUUGCGUGGGACUUGAUUCUUGGAUCGGGUCGGCGCUGACAGCGGGGUGGAGUAGGGGUCACCGGCGACCGAAGUAGCAGGGUGUAUUCACCGCUGUCAGCCGAUGACUUCUGUUGAGGGAUUGAGGGAUGGGGAUUUCUUAGGAGGUCGCGGCUCCGUAUCGUCGUGAAGACCAAUGGUCACCGAUGACCCCAGCGCUAGGGUAUGCAUAUAGCGUCGUGAAGAGCAAGGGUCGACGACCCAGUCCCAGGGUGUAUGCACUGUGAAGAGGGUGGCUUCUUUGGGAGACGGUUGUUGCUUAGGAGGUUUUUUGGCUCCGUGGCAUCGGGAGUAGAGAUGGGAUGGGUGCGGAAAAACGAAUCGCAGGACAGUAUAGAAGGGACUUCGUUGGAAGCAUGGCGACGUGGAGGAACGGCAGAGAGAGAGGAAGGACCAAGGAAAAUGUUUCAUGACGCCGUGUACUUUUCUUUUUUCUUUCAAGCAUGGCUCCGAUUCCUACAGCUCUCUAGUGUACCCGCUUUGGGGGGCUGUGAGGGGGGACUGGGGGGUACCGCAGACUUUGUUUCUAUCUACGCGAAAAGGGAAGGAAGCCUGACGUGCCUUGGUGAAAGCCAAUCUCGAGAGCUCUUUCAACGGGUGUGGCCCUUGUAGCCGACCCAGGGUCGGUUGCGAAAUGAAGGAAACCUCGAAUUCCGUCUUUGAUUGGUUGGAGAAUAUACGCAGGCCGUGUCGUCAACGGCGGUUUGUUUC